AUGGGGUUGAGAAGGCAGCAAAAGAGCGGCGCGCUCUGUUUCCGUCUCUUCACCUUCAGCACCUUAAUCGCUAUGAUGGCUUACGGCGCCAUGGAACCGAAGCAAUUACGCAAAGUCACGGCCGAAUUCGUCACCAUCAUCAUCGGCGCCGUCGCAACGGGCGUGCAAGUCUACGUCACCGUGGCCAAGUUUCUCCCCCUCCCCUACAACAUCUUCGCUGUCAUCGCCGCCGACACUAUUUGUGCCCUCGCUUUUAUUGCCGCAAUAGCUAUUUUGUCAUACUGGAACAUCAAAGUCGUCUAUAUCCCGCGAGAUAACGACCCUGCUGCCUGGUUCAAGUGCGCCAACGCCAGGGAGUGGGAUUCUGUGCUUACAGACAGCGGCUUCGGGAAGUGGCUGAAUAUCGUGUGGUGCGACGUCGAGGUGGAUGGUCGACACCGCUUGGUGGGAAAUUGGGCGGCGCGGCAGAAGUUGCACGUCAUGACUGGCCUGAGCACCGUGUGUUUGGUGUUUACGGCCAUGACCAUCGUGUACACAAUCUUUCGUGCCAUAUAUUUGGGACAUAUUCGUUCGCCAAAGAUUUACGCUAAACUCAGGGAAACAUUUCAUUGA